AUGUUAGAAUCGGCCGAUGCUCGCUCUUCGCACGCAUUUACCAAUCCGUCCCAGCUAAACGACAUCGACACCGCAUUAGAAGAAUUGAUCACGAUUAUCGCUGGAGCGAGAUCUGCAGCUUCUUUUGCCUGCGGUGGUACGAUCCCGAUCUCCAAGACUGAUACUAAUGACGGCGCAAAUAUAGCAUCAACUGCCCCGCUGGUGAAGGUUUACUGGUCUCUUCAAGAAGAGAUAAAUGCUAGAAAGGUUGUUCUUCUGUUGGAUCAUACGUCGGCAGAUUCUAGCCUUGCUGCUCUGAAGCAGCUCGUGUUGGAAUGCUCUCCUGCGACCUUUGGGAGGGGCAAUGAGGAUAUUCUGGAUCACAGCCAUAGACAGACGGGAAGAUGGAGCCAGCGAAGUUUGCAACUACCUUCCAUCCGGCGGACUUCUGCAUCGUAA